CAGCUAUCGCCACAAUGGGAAAAGCAGCAAAGACGAGAAAGUUUGCCACCGUCAAGCGCAUGAUCAAGCCGAGCGACCCUCGACUGAAAGAGAAUGUCGAGAAGGCUGCAAAGAAGGCCGAAAAGGAGAAGGCCGCUGAGGAGCGAAAGGCUGUUGCCCAGGCAUCUUCAAGUCUCUUCUUGUCUCACAACUCUGACCUCGGACCCCCUUAUCGCAUCUUGGUGGAUACCAACUUCAUCAACUUUUCGAUCCAAAACAAGAUCGAGCUUGUGCAGGGCAUGAUGGACUGUCUGAUGGCAAAAUGUAUUCCUACGAUAUCGGACUGUGUUUUGGCCGAGUUGGAGAAGCUGGGGCCCAAGUACAGGCUUGCUUUGAAGAUCGCCAAAGACCCCCGGUUCGACCGAUUGCACUGUGACCACAGCGGAACCUAUGCGGAUGACUGCCUCGUUCAGCGAGUGACGGCCCACAAGUGCUACAUCGUAGCCACCGUGCGUCGUCCUCAUCACCAUAUGUCUGACCUGUACUGACAAAAGGUAGUGCGAUAGAGAUCUCAGAAGACGUAUAAGAAAGGUCCCCGGUGUGCCUCUCAUGUACGUCGUCAAGAGGAGAUACCAGAUCGAGAGAUUACCAGAUGGAGGCGCUUCGUUCAUCUAGAGCCAUUCAUUGGCAUCUGGACAUUGUAUACUUGUAUAUGUAACUGAUACAUCCACGACAAAGUGCAUGCUGUGGCAGCAAUCGGAGUUGGGACUGACUCGGACUCACAAAACGCCAACAGUGUAUAUGUUGCCACUCACCGCAGUGGCAAGAGGUUAGGAAAGAGUAGC